GCCGCUUCAGUAGAGGUAAGUUGUCUUCAGCCAGGACGGAGACAGACAGCCUUGGACUGCAAGAUACUAAAAGGAGGACACCUGUAGCUCGGAUGCGGUCAACACAAUUACUUGGCGGAUCCUUGAGGACCUCAUUAUUUUAAACUUAAAGAAUAGCGAUCUCCCUCCCCAUCUCUCCCACCCCCUCUUUAUUUUUUUUCCCCAAACAAUGCUUCUUUUUGACCUUUCCCAAGGAGAAGAGCUACAAAGCAGCCACUGUGCUUAUUGAACUGCCUCCUCUCUAUCGCUUAAUUGAGAAGGUAUACAAAUGCUCUCAGUCCAGCCAGACACCAAGCCGAAAGGUUGUGCUGGCUGCAACCGUAAGAUUAAAGACCGGUAUCUCCUAAAGGCCCUGGACAAAUAUUGGCAUGAAGACUGCCUGAAAUGUGCCUGCUGUGACUGUCGCCUUGGGGAGGUGGGCUCUACCUUGUACACCAAAGCCAACCUUAUCCUUUGUCGCAGAGACUAUCUGAGGUUAUUUGGCGUUACAGGAAACUGUGCUGCCUGCAGUAAGCUCAUACCUGCUUUUGAGAUGGUGAUGAGAGCAAAGGACAAUGUUUAUCACCUGGACUGUUUUGCAUGUCAACUUUGUAAUCAGAGAUUUUGCGUUGGAGACAAAUUUUUCCUGAAGAACAACAUGAUUCUGUGCCAGACAGACUAUGAGGAGGGUUUAAUGAAAGAAGGUUAUGCACCCCAAGUUCGCUGAUCUGAUGCCACAUCAUUAAGAAUACAAAGCACUAUGUUCUUUUAUCUUUUUUGCUCAACAUGUAUAUAAGAAAUGACACAGGAACCUACUGAAUAGCAUAGAUAUAGGGAGACAGAAUGGUUGCGUGAAAUAAAAGGCGGACUGCAUCUGUAUGUAGUGAAAAUUCCUCCAGUUCAGAGUUGAAUGUUAAUUAAAAAGGUACUGUACAUACAGCUGGAUUCUUUUUGCUUGCUCUUGGGGUUUUUGGUUUGUUUGGUUUUUUUGUUUCUUUUUGUGUCAUUUGGCAUGAGAUGUUUAUUUUGGACUAUUGUAUAUAAUGUAUUGUAAUAUUUGAAGCACAAAUGUAAUACAGUUUUAUUGUGUUACCAUUUGUGUUCCUGUUUGCUUCUUUGUAUUGUUGCAUUUAGUACAAUCAGUGUCUAAACUUACUGUAUAUUUAUGCUUUCUGUAUCUACCAGCUAUUUUAAAUGAGCUGUAUCUUUCUAGUAAAAAGCAUUAAAGAGCAAAUCCCAACCAUUACGCUACACUUAGAGCUUAAGAAUACUGUUUACAUUAAAACUAUUUAGAAAACUAAUAACUCUAGCAGCACCUGCUGCUAAUGAAGCUAUGGUUAAGGGUCUAUCAGCACCUCUGUUAUAAGCCUCUAUUUUUCAGGGGUUAAGCAUCUGCUGUUUAAUUGCAUAGAUUUUCCUCAAAGAGCACUUUUAUUUUACUACAAAAUUUUGAAAAACAAAUCUGACCGGUUUGGGAUAUAUUAUAAAAGGUGCAAAAGUUAAUGAUUUUGGGUGCUGCUUUUGUGCCCCUUAGGCAUUCAAAAUGCCUGGAUUUGAUUUUUAAUUUUGCUGGACAUUAAGCCCUAAUGCAAACCAGUGCCUCUGGGUAUCUUAUUUUAUAUAUAUGUAUAAAAAAAUAUAUAUGUUAUUUUUCUGAAAUGAUUUAAUUUGGGAGGGAGGAAAGGGAGAGGGCUUCUGUUUAUACACAUUUUAAAAAUUUCUUAAAAUUUGAGGGGUCUCUCUCUCCCCCCUGCCCUUUUUCUUUUUUUUUUUAAUCAGGGCUUAACCCUAAAGUUUUCUGGGGCUGUGUCCUCAACAAACCCUGGAAAAAAGUGAAAGUAGAAGGCACUGUAAACAGCCCCCUCUGAGGGUCUAUUUACAUUAAGGAAAUGACCCCGAGCUGACACUAGGAGAGUGACUGGUUACUAAUUACCCACCUCAGUGAAUGCUGAAGGUAAUUUAAAUGCUGAUGUGGAUGGGACAAAACUUUGAAAUACCAAUACAGAAAGUGAGAGCUACAACACGCCACUGCACAGGUACUUUACUGUCCAUGCCAACAUCCUACAGGUUUGUCCCAUCAACGCUGGCAGUUAAAAUCCUUUUGACAGAGGUGGAGUCACUGCUGACAGCUACUGUUGGCAAUCAGUCCAUUUUCUAGGAGAGGUGGACCUCUGUUUUUAAAGCCAUGAAGCUAUUGCAUCAGCAGGACGUCCCUAAGUGCUCAUGCCCCUGAUAGAGCUUACAGGUGUUUGGCAAAGGAAAGCAGGAUAAAUGUUUAAAAAGUUUUUAAAUGCAUAUUUAAUUCUUUUCUCUUUGCCACUGUAAUCUAGCUCACCACGAGAACAGCCCUCAUUUAAAAAAAAAUUAAGGAAAAAAAAGGAAAAAAAAAAAAAGAAUGAAAGAAAAGAAACCCACUAUACCCUGUGUUGCUAUGAAGCUGAGCUCUUGUUUUUAUUUAGACUGAAAACCCUCACCUCUGCUCAAGUUGCGUGCUGUCCUUCCCUGCUCCUCCUGUCCUGUUACACGGUUUCAACAUGUUUUUUUCCUGGGGAUGGCGAAAGAAACGUUGUAAUGCAGUGGGGUAAUUCCUCUGGUGUUUGGAGUACGCUGCACAGUGGGUUGACUUAGAAUUGGCUAUUUAGUUCUAAUGACUGUUGUUACAGUGUGGGGGUUUUUUCUGGCUGUGAACGCUUUUAAAAGUAAGCAUGGCUCACAAAACUUGACUUGGACUCAUUCAGGACCAGUAAGAAAUGCAACGACUCCUCAGGCAGUUCUUGCUAAUUAGAAGAAAUAGCUCCACAUAGUUUUUCAGUUGAAGUUUAGCCCUAUUUUGUGGACCAUCUUCCUUCCUAAACUUGAGCACAAGUCUCUCUUCCACUCCCUUCCACAGUUCCUUAAUGUCUUUGGGAUAACAAAGCAGUUGAUGUCAGAGGUACUGUUAGGCUCUUCCAGAUCUACUUCAAGUGCAAUAAACAAGUUCUCCUUUCCAUGAAGGUGAGGAUGGCCAGAAAGGGAAGAAUCAUAUUAUCUUAUUUUGAUUCCUAUUGCAAUUUUCUCUUCUAGCCUCUGAUGUGUCUUUCAGUUAGAAGCCAGAAAGAUCUCUCUUCUGCUUUCCGCUAGUAGACUACAGACUGGAUAGAAAUCCCUGGUUCAGAAAUAGGGGUGGGGAACAGGAAAGAAGGGACCUUGGUUCUGUCUUUGACUUGCUGUAAGCUUGGGCGAGUCACUCACCUUCUCCGUGCCUCAGUUGCCCCUGUCUGCUGCAUGGGGCUAAUGCAAACACUGCUUUUGUAAAGCAUUUUUGGCUCUUCAGAAAACCAAGAGCUAUGCAUGCAAAUGUUACUAGUAGUGUCAGGACUUUCUGGGAGAAGCAGGGCAUUCAUAUGUGCAGCAGAUAACCACAGAUCUGAGGUAGGAGUGCACCAAAACCAACUAAGCCUGUGGAAGGCUUUGUUGGGGAUGAAGGCAACUACACACUAAUAGUGCUGUAAAUGCUAAAGCACUCUCUCAUUACCACAAAGUGCCACUGCUCAGCUCUCUAUGGGGUAAAUGAAGAGAGUGGAAUGGGAAAAUAGUGGCUUAUUGUUACAUGCCAUGUUACUCAUGCGUGUUUUGCGACAUAAGCUCAAAAUAGGGAAGAGGGUGGUCCUGCUAUGGAGAAGAAAAGUCUCACCAUUCUAACAACCUUAACUGAUGUAAUGAUAAAGCAAUGUUGACAUGCUUGUUUGAAGUGCUGCAAUGGUAUGGCAUUACUUUGAGCACCUUCAGCUCAUAUAUCUUAUUCACAUACGUAUCUAAAAUUUGUACAUAGAGGAUACAGUAUAAACUUAGAUUUGACAUAGGUCAAAGAUUGAUUACACUUUUUCCUGUAUUUCAAACUUCCCUCUUGCCUGGCUGUUAAAAUAAUAACUGGGAGUUGAAAUAUUUAAUGGAAACAUUUACAACUCCAAUAAAGCAUAAUAUCAUAAGACAAUAUUGAAGAGAGAUUAUCUGCCAGGCCGCUUUAUUGAUCUUCUUGACAGAGGCCUAGACCAUUCCUUUGGGUUGCUUUUAGUUAUCUACUUUAGGUUUCCUUCUCCAUCACUGUCUGUGUCAACAUACUCUGUCUGCACACAGCAAAAUGUUCUGCUAGUGACCAUUGCUCAGUGUAUGCUCAUUUGCCAGGCAGGAAUGUUUCCACUUGUAUCUCCUAUCUUUAGGGUACUUUAUCUCUAUCUGUACAAAUCUCUUGAGUUUAGCCAGACAAAAAUAAUAAUAACAAUAAUUUUAAAAUCUAUUAUUCUUGGGUUGCUGUUUUUUAAGCCACAUGGAAAAGUACAAAUUAUCAAACCUUGAUUUUCAACUGUAGAAAGCUCCUCUGCCAACCAUAACCUGCUGUGUCUGUUAUCUGCCGUGACUGGUGAUGAAUCAAGACAGCCUGGAUUCUGCAGUAGCAGCGACCAGGGCUAAAAGUUGAUCUAUUUCAUAAUUGUAUUUUUAUUUUGCUUAACGUGUUUUCUGGGUUGUUUUUUUUAAGCACACUUUCUUGCCUUUUCCUACCCUCCCAAAAUGCUCAAAUUUAUGUUCAUGUAAUGUAAAUAAAGAAAAAUCAUCCAGCAACCCCUCAAAUGUUCCUAAUUGCCUACAUAUAAAGUGACUUGAAGAAAAUAGGUUGAAAAGUGGUCAGUGAGAAGGGAGACUGGGGGGAAAAGAAACAAAAAAAGCAGGGCUGGUGGCAAGGUUUCGCCUGUACAGACAAAGUACUUUAAAGGCUUUUUUCAACGUAAUAUACAGCAGCUUCUUAUAAUUUUCUCAGCAGUAGGUAGUUUACAGUCAUCUGUACCUAGAACAAAUCUUGUCAAAUAUGAAGGUCUGUAGUGAUUGCUGGGUAUAAUUUUAUACAUUUAGCUGAUUCUUCUGAAAGCUUCCACUGUGCUGCUGUUGUCAGACUAAAUUAUCAAUUUAGCCAUUUGUUGUUUAAUGAAUAAAAAACUCCUAUGGCAUUGGAGAUGUUGUGGUUUCAAUAAAGCAAAAGCUUUAACAACUCAAA